AUGCUCCACGCGGUCACUUUCUCCCCAGGCGCUGCCGGCACCGCCUCCUAUGCCUGCCGCUUCACCGAAACAGAACGCCUCCGCCAGGAACGCUCCCUCGGCCGCCCCGUCUUCCCCAAACCCAUCGGCCAACUCCAUGGCCGAGCCGGAAUCGCCCGCCUGGCCCUCUUCUACACCCGCUCCCUCUUCCAUCUCGUGGACCCCUCAAACGGCACCGGCGUGGCCAACGCCGGCCUCGUCUACUUCAACAACCGCCUCCUCGCCAUGUCGGAGGACGACGUCCCUUACCACGUCCGCCUCACCCCAUCCGGCGACCUCCACACCGUCGGCCGCCACACCUUCAACAACCGCCUCACCUCCAACAUGAUCGCCCACCCCAAAAUCGACCCCGUCUCCGGCGAACUCUUCGCCCUCUCCUACGACGUCAUCCAAAAACCCCACCUUAAAUACUUCCACGUCUCGAAAUCCGGCGAGAAGUCGCCGGACGUCGAGAUCCCCACCUCCGACCUUACCAUGAUGCACGACUUCGCUAUAACCGAGAACCUCGUCGUCAUACCCGACCAACAAGUCAUUUUCCGGCUCGCCGAGAUGGCCUCCGGCGGGUCCCCCGUCGUUUACGACGAGAACAAGGUCUCGCGUUUCGGCGUGCUCGGAAAGUACGCGCGAGAUGCCUCGGAAAUUAAAUGGGUCGACGUGCCCGAUUGCUUUUGUUUUCACUUAUGGAACGCGUGGGAAGAGCCCGACUUAGACGAGGUUGUUGUAAUCGGCUCGUGCAUGACACCGGCCGACUCGAUUUUCAACGAGUGCGACCAAGGCUUGGAGAGCGUCUUGUCCGAAAUCCGACUAAACCUUAAAACCGGGAAAUCCGUGCGGAAACCCAUAUUGUCCGAAACGGAUCAAGUCAACCUCGAGGCGGGUAUGGUCAACCGGAACAUGCUCGGUCGGAAGACACGGUUCGGGUACCUCGCGAUAGCCGAGCCGUGGCCCAAAGUCUCGGGUUUCGCAAAAGUCGAGCUCUCGACGGGUAAAAUCGAGAAUUACAUUUACGGAGACGACAAGUACGGUGGGGAGCCAAUGUUCGUGCCCACGGGCAAAAGCAACGAGAACGAAGACGAGGGUUACGUGUUGGGUUUCGUGCACGACGAGAAAAACGGGACUUCGGAGCUCCAAAUUGUGAACGCGAAGACUAUGGAGUGGGAGGCGAGCGUGAAGCUGCCGUCGAGGGUGCCCUACGGUUUUCACGGCACCUUCGUCAGGGCCGAGGAUUUGAUCCCCCUCCCCCUCCGCGGCGGCGUCUACAUCCGCAACGGCGCCAAUCCCCUCCAUCCCCCUCCCUCCGGCCACCACUUCUUCGACGGCGACGGCAUGCUCCACGCCGUCACCUUCUCCGGCACCGCCUCCUACGCCUGCCGCUUCACCGAAACAAAACGCCUCCUCCAGGAACGCUCCCUCGGCCGCCCAGUCUUCCCCAAAUCCAUCGGCCAACUCCACGGCUGCGCCGGAAUUGCCCGCCUCGCCCUCUUCUACACCCGAGCCCUCCUCCGCCUCGUGGACCCCUCAAACGGCACCGGCGUGGCCAACGCCGGCCUCGUCUACUUCAACAACCGCCUCCUCGCCAUGUCGGAAGACGACGUCCCUUACCACGUCCGCCUCACCCCCUCCGGCGACCUCCACACCGUCGGCCGUCACACCUUCAACAACCGCCUCACCUCCAACAUGAUCGCCCACCCCAAAAUCGACCCCAUCUCCGGCGAACUCUUCGCCCUCUCCUACGACGUCAUACAAAAACCCUACCUCAAAUACUUCCACGUCUCGAAAUCCGGCGAGAAGUCGCCGGACGUCGAGAUCCCCACCUCCGACCCCACCAUGAUGCACGACUUCGCUAUAACCGAGAACCUCGUCGUCAUACCUGACCAACAAGUCGUCUUCCGGCUUGCCGAGAUGGCCUCCGGCGGGUCCCCCGUCGUUUACGACGAGAACAAGGUCUCGCGUUUUGGCGUGCUCGGAAAGUACGCUCGAGAUGCCUCGGAAAUUAAAUGGGUCGACGUGCCCGAUUGCUUUUGUUUUCACCUAUGGAACGCGUGGGAAGAGCCCGACUCGGACGAAGUUGUUGUAAUCGGCUCGUGCAUGACACCGGCCGACUCGAUUUUCAACGAGUGCGACCAAGGCUUGGAGAGCGUCUUGUCCGAAAUCCGACUAAACCUUAAAACCGGGAAAUCCGUGCGGAAACCCAUAUUGUCCGAAACGGAUCAAGUCAACCUCGAGGCGGGUAUGGUCAACCGGAACUUGCUCGGUCGGAAGACACGGUUCGGGUACCUCGCGAUAGCCGAGCCGUGGCCCAAAGUCUCGGGUUUCGCAAAAGUCGAGCUCUGGACGGGUAAAAUCAAAAAGUAUAUUUACGGAGACGACAAGUACGGUGGGGAGCCAAUGUUCGUGCCCACGGGCGAAAGCAACAAGCACGAAGACGAGGGUUACGUGUUGGUUUUCGUGCACGAUGAGAAAAACGGGACUUCCGAGCUCCAAAUCGUGAACGCGAAGACUAUGGAGUGGGAGGCGAGCGUGAAGCUGCCGUCGAGGGUGCCCUACGGUUUUCACGGCACGUUCGUAAGGGCCGAGGAUUUGGCGAAUCAAGCGUGA